CUCCUCUAUACACUGCCCGGUGACAUGUGCAGCCCCGGCCGCCACAUCUGCAGAGUCAACGGGGCGGGACGAUGACGUCACCACGCGCGCCCAAUCAGCUAGAGGCAAUGGAGAAGCCUAACACUGGCUACGUAUGUGCUCCAAGUAUGUGACAGUCACUCGGGACUCGGCGACAUGUCGUAUUCCUGCGGCCUUGUGAUAGUUCUCACACCGUAACACUAUGAGCGCUGACGGCGGGCCGCCCGGGGGCUACAGCAAGAGGCUUCUGGUGACCGGCGGGGCCGGCUUCAUAGCAUCUCAUCUGAUCAUUUCGCUGGUUGAAAACCAUUCCGAUUACCUGGUUAUAAAUCUGGAUAAGCUUGAUUAUUGUGCCAGCUUGAAAAAUCUUGAUGGCGUUUCAUGUAAACCAAACUACAAGUUCCUACAGGGGGAUAUCUGUGAUUCUCAGUUUAUAAAACAACUCUUUGAAGCCGAAAACAUAGAUGUGGUCUUACAUUUUGCUGCACAGACCCAUGUAGACUUGUCUUUUUUGGAUUCCUUUAAGUUUGCAUAUGUAAACACCUAUGGGACACACGUUAUUCUUAAUGCUGCUUAUGAAGCUGCAGUGGAAAAGUUUAUCUAUAUAAGUACAGAUGAAGUUUAUGGUGGAAGCCUCAGUGAGGAAUUUGAUGAAACAUCACCGAAACGGCCAACGAAUCCAUAUGCGUCGUCCAAAGCAGCUGCAGAAAGCUUUGUGUUCUCUUUCUGGGAAAGAUACAAGUUUCCAGUUAUCGUCACCAGAAGUAGCAAUGUGUAUGGACCACAUCAGUACCCAGAAAAAGUUAUACCUAAGUUCAUUUCUUUACUGCAGCACAACAGAAAAUGCUCUAUCCAUGGUUCUGGGAGACAAACCAGGAGUUUCUUAUAUGCCUCUGAUGUAGUGGAUGCACUAUUAACCAUUCUGAAGGUGGGAAAGGCUGGAGAAAUCUACAAUAUAGGUAGCAGUUUUGAAAUAUCUGUCACCCAGCUUGCCAAAGAACUAAUCCAAAGGAUCCAAAAUACUUCCUCUGAUACAGAAACCGAACAUUGGAUUGAUUAUGUGAAGGACAGACCUGUCAAUGAUCUUCGUUAUUUGAUGAAGUCUGAAAAAAUGCACAGCCUGGGAUGGAGACCAAAAGUACAGUGGAAGGAAGGCAUUGAAAGAACAAUUCAAUGGUAUAAAAACCAUUUCCACAACUGGAAGAAUGCAGAGAAUGCAUUAGAACCAUUUCCAUGUCAUGGAUAACAAGAAAGGAGGAGCAAGGAAUCACGGGAACACAAGACAGUAUAGUUAUCCUUUUUCUACCUCUGAGGAAGAAAUGAAUAUAGUACAUUAAAGGGGUACUCAACUUUUUUUAUUUAUUUUAUUUUUUUCAACUGGUGACAGAAAGUUAAACAGAUUUGAAAAUUACUUCUAUUAAAAAAAUCUUAAUCCUUCCAGUACUUUUUAGCAGCUGUAUGCUACAGCCGAAAUUCUUUUCUUUUUGAAUUUCUUUUUUGUCUUAUCCACAGUGCUCUCUGCUGACACCUGAUGCCUGUUUCAGGAACUGUUCAGAGCAGGAGAAAUCCCCAUUGCAAAACUAUGCUGCUCUGGACAGUUCCUGAUACGGGCAGCAGGUGUCAGCAGAGAG